AUGAUCUCUUGGCGCCAUCCCCACACCAGCUGGGGUUUUUCCUGGGGUUUCCCAUUUUCCUGCAUACUGCUACUAUUACUAUUAUCGGGCGUCCAGGCACAGGACUCCCCGGGCACCGCAACCUCGCCCUCGAACAGCUCCAGGGAUCUCGCCCAGGUUGGCCCGUUGAGAUUCUUCUUGCACAGCGCCCAGCUUCAGCUUCCCUCCCCGGUGCUCCUGGCCCCCCUCACUCAACCGCUCGCCACGCUUAGUCUAACCGAUUUUACGCAAUUCAAUUUAUCAGGCCAACUACUGGCCGUCGAUCCCUCCAACUCGGUAGCUGUCGACGAUUCCGACAUCGCAUUUAUCAGCUGCGAUCCAUCUUCCUACCCCGGGGUCCUCAGUGCCGGUGUGACCAUUGCGAAUGUGAUCCAGUCUCAGCCAGCCCCGGCCGGUAUUAUUUUGUAUAGCGCCCAAUCGGAUCAUUGUAACUACACGGUCGACGAUCCCGACUUGACCUACAGCACCGUUUUCACCGUGCAGGGCGUGAACGCGACGCGAUCCAUCCUAGAGCAGCUAUCUUCCCAUUCCAACCACAGUUUCUCGAGCAUUGGGCCCGAUAUGGCGUCUAUCGGCAACGGGUCGGUGACUGGGGGAGGCACCGGGUCUGAUUCCAGUGGCUCUUCAGUGGGAUCGGGAUCUCUGGCAGGGGCGUCGCCCACGACGGCAGUCGCGAUGAUCAUCCUGUACAGUAUCACCGGCAUCAUCACGGCGCUCUUUCUGGGGAUCAUCAUCACCGGAGCGAUCCGGGCUCACCGCCAUCCGGAACGCUACGGUCCCCGAAAUGUCGUGGGCCGCCCACGCCAGAGCCGAGCCCGGGGGUUGGCGAGAGCCAUGCUCGAGACGAUACCUAUUGUGAAGUUUGGCGAUCCCGACGACCGGGUUGACGCUGCCGCGAAGGGUGACGUUGAAAUGGCCUCCGGACACGAGGUGGAUGGCACGGAUAGGCCGGAAGAACAGCGGGCAUCUGCGCCCAACGCGAACGAGACGGGGCGCUCACCCGAGUCGCCAUCUAACGGCAACAAUUCCGAAGAUGCUGGCAAGGAAGCUACCCCAGCGGCCAAAGAAACCGCUGGGUACGAACACUCCAAUGAAACGGGCAACUACGUGUGUCCCAUCUGUACCGACGACUUUGUCAAAGGCCAAGACGUGAGAGUCCUGCCGUGCAAUCAUCAGUUCCAUCCGGAGUGUAUUGACCCAUGGCUGGUCAAUGUGUCGGGGACGUGUCCUCUUUGUCGGAUCGACCUCAAUCCUGCCGAAGAGCAGGACGGAGACAGUGAUGAUGCAGAGCGACAUCCACACGCCUCCGGCCUGCCACUGGAGGUGCCCCAGACAGAAGCCUCGACGGGUGCGAUUCAGCACCGGGGCCUGUCUAGCUAUUUCCCGGACAUGCGACGAAUGCGUCAUGCCCCAGUUGAAGAACGGAUCGCUGCUCUGAGGAGACUCCGACAGUCGAGCGAGCUGGUUCGAGAUGCGGAUGCUGCGGAGUUGACGGCGGAGGAGAGACAAAACCGCCGGAGAAGCCUGACGGCACGGUUGCGGGAGCGAUUCAGGAUACGGACCCGGCAACAUGAUGACCAACCUCCCCCAGCACCUCCAUCUCAACCGCCCUCGACUCUCUGA